AUGAGCAACAGAGUUCCAUCUUUAGUGCUCCAUGACAAGCUGAUUGAACAUGAAGCCGCUCUCAAGUGUGAUGAUACCGUUGUUGCUGCCCCAGUGAUCACUGCCAAUGUCACUCAGACAUCUCGCUCCCACACCUCAAACCGUGGCUAUCGCUCUAACAACUCCAACUCCAACCGUGGGUCCUUUGCCUCUCGCAAUCCAUCUCGUGGUUCCUACGGGCCCACCCAACCAGCUUUCACUGACAAUAGUCGUCGCUCUACCCACAUGAACAACACAGGUUAUCGUGGUUUCUGUCAAUGGUGUGGCACUCAAGGUCAUAGUGCCAAACGCUGCCCCCAACUCCAAUUUGGACCUCACAAUCAGCUAGUGGCCAAUCCUACCACCCAUGGUAGGUCCACCUCUUCUCCAACAUGGUUGCUUGAUUCCAGUGCCUCUCACCAUGUUACCUCUAACGUCAACACUCUCUCUGGUGCCUCUCCAUAUGAUGGUCCUGAUGAAAUAAUUAUUGGUAAUGGUUCAGGUUUGGGUAUCACUCAUGUCGGUUCAACCACUAUACCCUCCUCAUCCUCUCAAUCUUUCACCUUGUCCAAUGUUCUCUGUGAUCUGAGCAUGGGGGCGGUUCUUCUUCGAGGCCCGAAUAAGGAUGAUGUGUACGAGUGGUCUUUCAAAUCCUUUUGUCAACCGCAAGCUCUGGUGGGUGUGGUGGUCUCUCCCAACCUCUGGCAUCGUCGUCUUGGUCACCCCAGUCACAAAAUUCUCCAACAAGUCCUUCGUUUGUCUUCCGUUAAUGUGUCUUCCAAGAUGUCCGAUCCCCCAACUUGGACCGGAUUUGCAUUUGAGUACCUCAAUUUCCAAAAUGAUUUUCUGAGAAAACCAGGAAAACCCUUGGGCGAAGACGCCCACUUCAUCUGCCAUGAUGCCCAAACCAUCAGAGUGGCGGACGGCGUCGGUAGCUGGGCCAGGAAAGGUGUUAACGCCGGUGAGUACGCGAGGGGACUCAUGAACCACACCAAGAAACACAGCCACGGAUAUAACCCGAUCAUCUGCCGUCGUCGUGGAUCCAAGAAAGGUGUUGAACGAAGUCUUAGGGUGGUUCUGGUGGAGCCAGAGUACGGCCGUGUCGAAAUUUGUGUCACAAAAACGAAUAGAGUCGACGCUGAAGAUGAGCUUGAGGGUGGUAGGGGGAUUGUGGGACCAAGCCAAGGGAAGAAGUUGCUUCAGAUAUUUAAGGCAGGGUGGAUUAGUAUACCUCCAAGGUCUAUUUCAGAGGGAAGGCAAGUUGUAGAAUGA